UCCCCCCCUCCUCUCUUCCCUCUUCAUCCACUCUUCUUUCUUCUAACCAUCUGUCCAUAUUAGAACCGCAAUCAUGGCCUCCGACUUGGAUCAAUUGGCCAUUAACACGAUCCGUGUUCUCGCGGUCGAUGCCACCUUCAAGGCCAACUCCGGUCACCCCGGUGCCCCUAUGGGCAUGGCCCCCGUGGCCCACGUUCUGUUCAACAAGUUCAUGAACUUCAACCCUAAGAACCCCGACUGGCUCAACCGCGAUCGUUUCGUUCUCUCCAACGGUCACGGAUGUAUGCUCCAGUAUGCUCUGCUCCACUUGUACGGCUACGACGUCACCAUGGACGACCUGAAGAGCUUCAGACAACUCGACAGCAAGACUCCCGGUCACCCCGAGUCCCACGACACCCCCGGUGUUGAGGUCACCACUGGUCCCCUCGGUCAGGGUUUCGCCAACGCCGUCGGUUUGGCUAUCGGUCAGGCUCACACCGCCGCCGUCUUCAACAAGCCCGGCUACGACCUGGUCAACAACCACACAUACUGCUUCUUCGGUGAUGGAUGUGCUAUGGAGGGUAUUGCCUCCGAGGCUGCCUCCAUGGCCGGUCACUUGAAGCUCGGCAACCUCAUCUGUAUCUACGAUGACAACGGAAUCUCCAUUGACGGUGACAUCAAGUGUGCAUUCACUGAGGAUGUCAUGAAGCGCUUCGAGGCCUACGGCUGGCACAUCGAGCACGUCAAGGAUGGUGACAACGACCUCCAGGGCAUUGAGGCUGCCAUCCAGAAGUGCAAGGAGGUCACUGACAAGCCCUCCGUCAUCAAGCUGACCACCACCAUUGGUUUCGGCUCCAAGCUCCAGGGUACCGGUGGUGUCCACGGUAACCCCUUGAAGGCUGACGACUCCAAGGGUGUCAAGGCCCUCUUCGGCUUCGACCCUGAGCAGAGCUUCGUCGUUCCCCAGCAGGUCUACGACCUCUACGGCAAGCACGCCGCCGAGGGUGCUGCCAAGGAGCAGGAGUGGAACCAGCUCCUCCAGAAGUACGCUUCUGAAUACCAGGCUGAGCACGCUGAUCUCACUCGCCGUCUCGCUGGCAAGCUCCCCGAGGGCUGGGAGAAGAGCCUCCCCACCUACAAGCCUACCGACGCUGCCAUUGCUUCCCGUAAGCUGUCCGAGGCUGUCCUCGAGAAGAUCCACGAUGUCAUCCCCGAGCUCCUGUCCGGCUCUGCCGACUUGACUGGCUCCAACAACACCCGCUGGAAGAACGCUGUCGACUUCCAGCCCCCUGAGUACGGCAUUGGUGACUGGUCCGGCCGCUACCUCCGUUACGGUGUCCGUGAGCACGCCAUGGCUGCUGUCAUGAACGGUCUCGCCGCCUACGGCACCACCAUCCCCGCUGGUGGUACUUUCUUGAACUUCGUUUCCUACGCCGCCGGUGCUGUCCGUCUCGCUGCUCUGUCUCGCGUUCGUGCCAUCCACGUCGCUACCCACGACUCCAUUGGUCUGGGUGAGGACGGUCCUACUCACCAGCCUAUCGAGACUCUGGCUCACUUCCGUGCUCUGCCCAACUGCAUGGUCUGGCGUCCCGCUGAUGGCAACGAGACCAGCGCUGCCUACUACGUUGCUCUGACCUCCAAGCACACCCCCAGCAUCCUCGCCCUCACCCGCCAGAACCUGCCCCAGCUCGAGAACUCCACCAUCGAGUCUGCCAUCAAGGGUGGUUACGUCGCCGUUGACGCCCCCAAUGCGGCCGUCACCCUCAUCUCCACCGGUUCCGAGGUCAGCCUCUGUAUCGAGGCCGCCACCUACCUCAAGGAGAAGCACAACGUCGUCGCCCGUGUUGUCUCCGUUCCUUGCUUCGAGGUCUUCGACUCUCAGGACAAGGCCUACAAGCUGCAGGUCCUCCCCGACAACAUCCCUGUCAUGUCCGUCGAGGUCUGCUCCACCAUGGGCUGGGAGCGCUACUCUCACGAGCAGUUCGGUCUCAACCGCUUCGGUGCCUCUGGCCCCUACAAGGAGGUCUACGCCAAAUUCGGCUUCACUCCCGAGGGUAUCAGCGAGCGCGCUCUCGCUACCAUCGACUUUUACAAGGGCCACACCGUGCGCUCGCCCGUCAACCGUGCUUUCCAGCAGAUCCUGUAAAAGCUUGGUUGUAGCGGUGUCAUGAUAUCUUCUUUUGUUUAAUUUCGGUCAUGUUUAUUAUGGGCAACAUGGGACGAGGUUGAUCUCUGCGGAAACAAAAAAAUUAUACCACAACUUCCCUGAGAGAAGUCCUAUGAGUUUUAACGAAUUUUGUUCUUUUUUUUUUUUCAAAAACUUUGUUCUUCUCCCUAUUUGAUUGAUCUGGUAUCUUCUAGAUUUAGAGAGAUGAAUAGAAUACCAUGA